AUGGCCACUUGGACAGAGAAAAGCCUAGGCUUCUUCACUCGAUCGCAAGAACUGCACCUCUCUCAGAGACUUGAUGAGCAAAAGAAGCAGGCUGGUAUGAUUUCCAAUAUGUACAAGGCUCGUAAGAGUGGACACUGCAAAAUGCAACUGCGGAAGAUAAGCUUUAAGCUCAAAGGGUGCCCGAUGAGCCCACUCUUCUUGUAA